GUUGUACAGAUCGCCAAGUAUAUAAAGGUUGAGGUUGUUAUACUCUGCUUCAUCGCCAUCAUCUGAAUCUGGUUCUCUCAGACUCUACAACGAUUUCCAUCUAUCCAUAGAUAUAGAUAGUUCAUUCUUUGUUGCAGUCGCGUUUUCUACUCACUUGAGUAUAUAAACAAUAAAUAUGGCAUCUACAACACCAUUCCUAACCGCCGUUCAAGGCCGCCGGUCAAUCUACACCAUCACCAAGGAAUUGCCAAUACCCACAUCUCGCAUCCUCGAGAUAGUCCAUGAGGCAUUGGAACACGCCCCUUCACCGUUCAACGUUCGUAGCUGCCGAUGCAUAGUUCUGUUUGGAGACGAGCACGAUAAACUUUGGCGACAUGCAUACGAAAUCACACAAAAGGACAGUCCUCAAGCAAUACCAAUACUAGGGCCUAAGAUCGAAGGAUAUGCAGCAGGAGCCGGUUCAGUCUUAUUCUUUGAUGAUACUUCAGCCUAUGGCAGCCUUACACCACGGUUCGCAGCACUGUCAAAACAAUUUCCUGAAUGGGAGGAACAUUCGUCCGGCAUGCAUCAGUUCAUCGUCUGGACGGCAUUGACAGCAGAGAAUCUAGGUUGCAGUUUGCAACACUACCAACAGGGCAUUACCCCGUACGUCAAAGAGUUGUAUGAUGUACCCGAGAGUUGGAACCUCAAAUCCCAAUUGGUGUUCGGGGGAAGAGCAGGUGAAGUGCCCGAUCCGAAACCGAAGACUGGAUUGGAAAGUGCUUUGAAGAGUUUUGGGGCAUGAUCCGUGAUAGAACACAAGAUAUUCAUAAUAUAGAUCUUACCUACCUAGUAG